GUUCAGACAAAAUAAUUUCAGAUCCUUUUUUUCUUUUUUCAAUUUCCCUCUCUCAGCUUUCAUUUGGAGGGAAAAAAAACUGAGUCCAAAAAUCAAAAACUCAGCACCAAAUUUCGUUGGUUUAAUUUAAACUUUAAAUCUAGGGUUUCAAUAGCUUCUCCAACUUCUUUUCUUAAUCUUUUGAUGGAUCUGUUUUUUUAUUAAAAUUUAAUUUGUGAUUUGCAGUUUAAUUUCAGCUCCAAGUAUUGAUCUUAUCUCAACAGUUUAAGCGGCUCAAGGCAACUUGGUAGGAGUACCUAUUUGCUGUCUGUGACAACUUUCCUGUGGAAAUGCCAACCAAGAAAAAACUAGCUGGCAGAAAUACUUCUCGAGGGCAUGGCAAUCCCUUAAUUUUAAAGGCUCAGAAGAAAGCUGCGGAUAAUGUACAAGCUGGUCAAAAGGCAGCCACAGUCCUCAUUACAUCUUCAACUAGAAAGCAGAGAUGUGGGGGCACCCUUCAAAAGAAAACUGAGGAGUCUAUGGCAUCUAUAGAGUUGAAUACAAAUUACAGUUCAGUGCAUCAUGAAACAUCAAGUGCAGUUUCUAUGUGUGAUGAGGGGGAGCGUGAGGGCUAUAAUGAUGAGCCUUGUAUUUUUUCUCCUGCCUUUCACAUACCUGAAUUUCCUGGAGAACAAAUUGCUUCUGGUGUCAACUUCAUUAAAUUGUUUCGGAGUGGGGACCAGAAAUUACACCAGGACAGUAGAAUGUGCUACUCUCAAGUUGAUCCUCAGGAUGGUCCUGUUACUCGAGAAACAUUGCUUCAGGAUGGUCCUGUUACUCGAGAAACAUUGCUAUCUACUUCUGGAGAAGAUGCUACUGAGCAAUGCCAUAAUGACAUAGGAAUAGAUAUGAACAAAACAUCCUCAAUUUUUGGUGACACAACAUCCUCCAUUUUUGGUACAGGCACAGAUACUGUAAAUUCCUCUAAUGGAGACUCAGUAGGUGGUGGUCUCUCAUCUGAGGUUUCAGCUAUAUACCUUGCCAUGAAGAACUCAAAAUUAGAAUGUGUUGACGAGUAUGAUCAAGAUUGUAUGUCAACUAAGGAUGAUGAUGAGUGUGAAGAGCUUGAUGACUUUGAUCCUUUUUUAUUUAUAAAGAGCUUGCCUGACUUAUCAUCAGUUGUCCCCACAUUUCGGCCACUUCUAUUACCUAGAAAGACACGGAGCUGCCCUCCUACAACUCUGGUUCUAGACUUGGAUGAGACUUUGGUGCAUUCGUCGCUAGAACCUUGUGAUGAUUCAGACUUCACAUUUCCUGUAAACUUCAACCUUCAAAAGCAUACAGUAUAUGUUAGAUGCCGCCCAUUCCUGCGGGAUUUUAUGGACAGAGUUUCUAGUCUCUUUGAGAUCAUUAUAUUUACAGCUAGUCAAAGUAUUUAUGCAGAACAACUUCUAAAUGUCCUUGAUCCAAAGAGGAAAGUAUUCCGCCACCGCGUCUUCCGUGAAUCUUGUGUUUAUGUGGAGGGAAAUUACCUCAAAGAUUUGUCAAUUCUUGGCCGUGAUCUGGCACAUGUUGCCAUCAUUGACAACUCUCCUCAGGCAUUCGGGUUCCAAGUGGACAAUGGCAUACCCAUCGAGAGCUGGUUUGAUGAUCGGUCGGAUCAAGAAUUGCUUUUACUGCUACCUUUUCUGGAGAGCUUAGUCGACGUUCAAGAUGUCAGGCCGAUAAUUGCACAGAAAUACAAUCUAAGGGAUAAGAUUGCUGCCGCUGUUUAUCCAUCUUUAAAUUCAAUCAAGGGAGAUCCUCUUGAAAGGUGAGCCGCCAUGGAAAUUUGAAGUUUUUUUUAUGGCAGACUAAAUUUGGUCCUGUACUAAUUGAUUUGAGGGAAAGCUCCAUUGAAUCUCCAGAGAAUGAUCUCAAAUUUCCUAUCAGUGGCUUGUUGUGGUUCUAACCAGAUAGAGUGCAGAAUGUGUUUAGAGUUUGUUCUAAUUCUGCUCGAGAGUUGGAUUUUUUAUACGAAGGCAUGUGAUAUUGCAUUAUAGUUUAUGCAAUAAUGUUAGCCUGGAUUCUGGAAUAAAUUUAUUUCUAAUUUCUCGGUA